AUGUGUGAUUUUUUUAAUUAUGUCAAAUAUGAAUCAAACUUAAAAGUUGUACAUUUGUUUAAUAACGGCUUUUAAAUACUGGCUCUAUUAGAAAUAACUGAUAAGAUUGAUUAUUGUAUGAUUGGAUUGAAUGGAGAGUUUAUAAUUAUUGCUGGUCAAACUAUUUUUCAACAAUUGAUGAAAGACUUUUAUAAGAUUGAAAAUUAAAUUAUUUAUGCUGCAUAUAUUUUUGAAAUACCAAUCAUCGUCAUUUAGAAAAAAAACUAGAUUUGUGUUUUUUCGAUUAGAUAUUCCAUUACAGAAGAUUAUUGUGUUCAAAGUAAGUAGGCUGGCAAAGUUAUUGAAUUUGGAAAAACAUUAAGAUAAAAAGGCAAAGGAGUUGAUAAUCAAAAAAUUAAGAACAAUAUAUUUGAGUAACCUUUUGGUCUCAAAUAAUAAAUAUGUUUUUUGACAACUUAUAAUACUCUAUUAUGUUAUGAUACUAAAGAACUUAGACUAUUACAAAAGUUGCAAAUAAAUAAUCUCGAUUAAACGUAUAAAUUAGUGGCACUCCAUCGAAUAGAUCUCAAUCUUGUAAAGAAUUAUGAUUCUAAAAUUGGAUCUAAGAAUCAUAUUCUAUUUUAUUAUUCAUAUCAAAAAAUGAAACUUUAAACCUUUAUUUUCGAUUUGUCGCUUGGAUCAAUCUAAUUAGUAGCUUCAAGAAGAUGCAAAAAUAUCGUUUGA